AUGAAUGCUCAAUUCAACCAUUUCAACGCUGCAUCACCAACGUGCUCCCGUCACAACCUUGGUGGGCUGAGAUGUAGUGCUGUGUAGAUCACUGCAGCAAACGGUAUACCUCGAUUGAUCAUCAGUCGACGAGAGACCCAGCUGUCAGCUCAACCAUACUACACGCGCGCUGUAAAGUUAUCUCAUUCACACACAUGCUACCUUGGGUUUUUGUUUUCAAAUUGGUAGCUUUUAAUAACGGGUAGACAUUCUCAACGAUCCACGCCUAGUGAUGUGGAAUUAAACAACACCGGGGAAGAUUUAAACCACCACCAUGGCGAACGAUACUAACGGUACGGGAUUGAUUGACAAUUUGUCGGCCGGGGAAAUCGUCUCGGUGCUGCUGAUGAUUCUCGUAGACAUCGGUGCCAUCGUGGGGAACCUUCUGGUGAUCACCAUCAUCGUCAGGACACCCCAGCUCCGCAAUCUCACCCAUCUAUUUGUCUUUAAUCUUUGCAUUUUGGAUUUGCUCUGCGCUUUUACCGUCAUGCCGGUCUCCAUCGUAUCGUCCAUCACCGUGGAAUGGAGACUCGGAGACGCGUACUGCAAAGCCAAUGGAUUCCUGAAUGCAUUUUUUGCAUUUUCCUCGAUACUAACUCUAUGUUUGAUCAGCGUGGAGAGGUACUACUCUAUAGCCCGCCCAAUGGACCACGCUGCCAAUCUGACCCCAACAAAGACCAUAGUGACCAUAACUUACAUUUGGUUGCAGAGUGGUUUGUGUGCCAUGCCGCCCUUGAUAGGCCUCAAUCACUACGCAUAUAGCCAACAUCGCGGACACUGUACUUUCGUCUGGGAGCAUUCGCCAACCCACAUCGCGUACGUGGUGCUUGUAGGUUGCGUGUGUUUCCUACUACCAGCAAUAGUCCUAGUGGUAACCUACUGUAAUGUCUUCAGGGUUGCCCGCCAGGCGGCCCGUCAAAUAACACCCAGCUACACCUUCGGGAGCUACGGUGCCACGGCGUCACGAAACACCGCCGGGUCGUCGGCUGGCAACACCACCGUAUCCAAAAUGGUUGGAGGUGGGACCCCCAACGGUAGAGUGGGAAGAUCGAAGACCAAUAAUCAAACACAUAAACCCUCAGAGACCGACAGCUACCAGAGAAAUGUGCCUGAGAGUCAGAAUGAUGUCGCCAAGAAAAGCCGCUUCUCGCCUAAGUCCUUCUUCAAAAUCACGAGCAGCGAUCUGAAAGCUGCCAAGACAAUACUUUUCAUCGUAUCAAUGUUUCUAAUAUUGUGGACUCCUUACUUCGUCUUACACGUCUACGGGGUGAUCUCGGGCCAUCGCACCGGCAGUACAGCUUUCUGGGAGCGCCUGACGACGUGGAUAGCCUACUCUUCAUCAGCAGUCAACCCCAUCCUCUACGGUGUCCUCAACAGGCAGAUCAGACAAGAAAUGGCGGAUUUGUUCCAGGGCCUGUGGGAGCGUUUCGUGUGUCACCGAGCCACCGUUUCCACCCUAGACGAUGGGAUGGAUCCGGGUGGCGCCGAGGAUUUCUUCCAGUUCUUGGAGAGGACGAGUAUGUUCACCAAGUCGACCUCGGUCACCUCCGGAUUGAACACCAAGACAGGAGACCAGGACAUGAUCAGGAUUCCUGGGCAAAUCCCGGAGAUAUCAGAAGACGCCCGCAGUAACUAGUUAUAGGUUCCAGACUACUAACCCCACACGCUGUCAAGUCGUAUCAAUGUAGAUGGUUGCAUUAAGUAGUUAAUGGCAUAGAAACACUCACCGCUCACGGCCAAAUUUGCCGUUCUUAUUGCAAGAUUAUAGUAUAGAUAAUAAAGGGCACUUUAAAAUAUGAAACACUUUACUUCACGUCAACGUUGGUCACAACUAAUUACUGUGUUGAGGUAUUGCAUUAAUGGUUUAGAAAAUAUUGAGAGAACAUGUGUCUCGGUUCCCGUAAUAGUAUGCAACGGGGAUUGUUAUCUGAUGACUGACCUGGGCUAAAUUUCAUACAGCUGCUAAGCACAACAAUUUGCUUAGCAUGAAACUUUUGCCUGGAUAAAAACAGGAUUACCAAC